AUGGAAUAUGUUGAUAAGUACGGUUUUGUAUCAGAAACUAAGCCGAAAAGAUCAAACCUAUCAUUCAUAAAAGUGAAUUCCAGGAUUGAAAAAUGACAAAAAAUGCUAACACAGUGGGAAAAAUAUACCACAAGCAAAGAGAAAAUACUGAAAAAUAGAUGCAGAAAAGGGAUUCCUGACGUGAUCAGAGGAAGAGCAUGGUAUAUGAUGUCAAAUACUCAGAAAGUGAAGGAUUAUUACCCUAAAAACAUGUAUGAGGACAUAAAAACAAGCAAUUUGCGCUCAGCGAAUAUGAAUGAUAUAAAUAAAGACUUAGCUAGAACAUUUCCGGAAAAUGUGUAUUUUAGGUUUCAAGGAGGCCAAGAAGCACUGCUAAAUGUGCUGAGGGCUUAUUCGCUAUUAGAUACUGAGGUAGGGUAUUGCCAAGGAAUGGCUUAUUUGGUAGGUGUCUUGCUGAUGUUUAUGGACGAAGAAAAUGCUUUUUAUUUGUUUGUCAAUAUUAUGUACAAUUUUGAUAUGAGAGGCUAUUUUUUAAAUGGAAUGGAAAAAACCUAUUUGAGCCUUUAUAUUACCAACAAGCUCAUGAAAUUAUAUGAACCAGCCCUAUGAGAGCAUUUUAACGACGUUGGCUUUGUUUCGCAAAUUUAUGCUACACAAUGAUAUGUCACAAUAUUUACUUACUCUUUUCAAAUGGAAACGAUUUUAAGAAUAUGGGACUGCUACUUAUAUGAAGGACCAAAAAUUUUAUAUAGAAUGUCAUUAGGAUUUAUGAGAUUUUCCAAAAACCAUUUAAAAAAUCUGGGGAUUGAUUUAAUUCUUAGGAAAGUCAGAGAAAUUGAAGAAACUAUUGAUGUUGAGCAGUGGUUUAAAGUCUCAUUUAAUAUAUCUUUAUCGAGGAAAAGAAUUAAAGAGAUUGAAAAAGAGUACAUUGAAGGUCCUGAUGAAGAAUUCAUUCAAUGGAGAGCGUAG